AUGGAUUUCAAAAAGGUGAAUACAUAGUUAUCUCUUCGUCAUUUGUUAUAUUACAAAUAAUUGAGAGCGCGGACACUACAAACGGUGAGACGGCGAAGAGUGUGAAGUCCCUCAUUCAACUCUUCGAGGCGUCGGAGCAAGGAAAGACCAACGUGCGUGGCUCUUCGCUUUUGGUGAGUUUAAUUCUAAUUCAACAACUAGCUUCAAACUUCAGAAAUUGGAAGACUCGAAGUUGGUUCAUCACGAGGAGUUGGCGAUGCAGAAGCCUGAAGAGAAGUCUAGUUGGGACUCGGAUCCGAUUGAUCCCUCUUUUCAUCUGACAACGGAGGAUCACGAGCUGCGCGAGACUUCGGAAGCGAUGCCAACGGAGACCACGCUGAUUCCAAAGUGCCCGCUGGAGAAGGAUGAGUCCGAUGACGGUGCCGACCAGGCAACAAACGAGAAUGCGGACCCUGCAAAUGGGGAGUCGGCGAAGAGUGUCAAAUCUCUCGUUCGGGUUUUCGAGGGAUUUCCGUCGGAGCAAAGAGACGCUGACGGAUUUCUCAUUUCCGUGAGUUAUUGAUUAAAUUGAUACCGUUCAAGAGUUGUCAAACCCAGAUAAUGGUGGAGAGUAGGCGGAAGCUUGGUUUUUUAAAACAGUUUUUGACGCGAAAAAUGAGCAAUAGUAAAUAGAAGAGAAAAAAAGAUGUUCAACCCCUUUGCACCCUCCAAAUCCUCCACGUGUUUCGAUCCAAACGUCUCGAUCAGCUCCUCCAGUUGUUGGCGACAAAUUCUCGGUGCUAGGUGGUUGGCGUGCCUUUUCCAGUUCUCGAACACAGAUGAUUGUGGAGAGUAGGAGGAAGCUUGGUGUAUAUUUAGAAAUCACUUUAUUGAAAAGAAUAAAUAUCAAGAGAGAACAAUCGGCAUGUUUUUCUGCACAAAAAAACUGUCAUUUGUUAAUUACAAAAUGUUUCAACACUCCAUUUUUGAUUUCAGGAGUCGAGAGGCACCGAGUCGGUUUACAAGACGCAGUUCGAGCAAUUGAUCGGAUUCGUUCGUCAGAGAUUGAUCUUGCUUAGUGAGGGCUGUGACGAUAUUCUCAAGAAGCUAGAGGAUGAGAACCUGGAGCUCAAGGAAAAUUCGAGCUGUGGCCAAUUCCCGGUCGUUCCGACUAUCCAGGAUCAGAAGUUGUAUGAAACUCCGGAUGCGAUGCCAACGAAGACCACGGUGAUUCCGAAGUGUGAGCUUGAGAAGGAUGUGUCCAAUGCCGGUGAUGUCAACGAUUCGAGCGAGGGGAGCAACGAUGCUCGUGCCGACAACGACUCGAGCGACGACGGCUCUAGAACGAGUAGAUCUGCCGUUUCAUUCUUUGAAUCCAAUCUUUGA